AUGGCUUCGUCUACUUCGAAGACUCUCAUGAUGGUUCUCAUGCUUCUCACCUUGCUAGCCACCUCGGCUCUCGCUCAGGGUCCAGGAUCCGCACCAUCCUCAUCACCAACCAAGUCUCCAUCUCCGACUUCUUCUCCUCCACCAGCCUCAUCUCCUCCACCGUCUCAGGCUCCCGCUCCCACCACCAAGACACCAACUCCCUCUUUGGCUCCAACUCCAUCCGCCACCACUCCGCCGUCGCCUUCCUCCUCUCCGACAUCCUCGCCUCCGGCUCCUCCCCUACCGGUCGCCCCAGCCUCCUCCAAAUCGCCGGCCGGUACUCCCUCCUCGAUCAGCCAGCCUCCGGCUUCGGCUCCCGCCGGUAACGGUGCCGGUUUGAACAGAGUCGCCUCCGCCGGAUCUGUCGCCUCAGUCGUCUUCGCGGCGGCUCUUUUGCUUUAG